AUGGGCGUCAGCGCUGGAGCUCACGAUCUGAAGCACCGGCGCCACCAGGAGGCGCGCGUGCCCGACGCCGACGGCGCGUCGCUCGCGGCGAUGUACCUCUACGGCGACGUGCUCGAGUCCGUGGUGGAGCGGGUCCCCGCGGCCGACCUGGCCGCCGCGGCGCGGGUCUCGCGGGAGUGGCUCCGCGCGGUGCGCGCCGCGCUGCGCCGCCGCCCGCGGCGGCUGCCCUGGCUCGUCGUGCACCUCCAGGGCCCCCGCAGCGUUGGCGGGGGCGGGGGCCUCCGGUGCGCCGCGGCGUACGACCCGUGCUCGGGCGUCUGGCUCGCCGUGCCGGCGGCGCCGCGCCACGCCACGCCGUCGCACGUCCGCCUCCUGCGCGGCUCGCGCGGCGACCGCGUCUGCGCACUCUCGCUCUCGGGGCUCGCCGUCGCCGCCGACCCGUUCGGGACGACGGCGGGAUGCGUCGCGCCGCUGGACGCCCCCACCGUGUGGCGCGUCGACCCGGUGUUCGCCGCGGUGGGCGACCGCGUCGUCGCGCUCGGCGGCGCGUGCCGGCUGGCGCUGGCCGACGGCGGCGACGCCGCCGCGGUCGAGGUACACGAGGCCGGCGGCGGGUGGACCACCUGCGACCCGAUGCCCGACGCGCUCAGGGACUCCGCGGCCGCGACGUGGCUCUCCGCGGCCGCCACGGACCAGCGGGUGUACCUCGUGGAGAGGACCACCGGGUGGGCGAGCUGGUUCGACCCGGCGAACCGGCGGUGGGGCCCCACCCGUCGCCUCGGCCCCGACGCCGCCGUCGCCACGUGGGGCGUCGCGCCCGGCCGCGUCGUCGGCGCCGAGGAGCGCCUCGUUCUGUUCGGGGCUAAGCGGGCAGACAAGGAGGCGGAGUGCACAGUCGUCGUCCAGGCAUGGGAGGUGGACGGCGACACUCUGGAACAGACCCCCUCUGCAUCCAGCGAUGCGAUGCCGCCGGAGCUGUCCGAGAGGCUGUUUCCUCGUGACGACAUUGAUGACGACGACGACGACGACGAAGAGGAACUGGACGACAGGUCGUUGUCGAUCGGGGUGUGCGGCAACGCCGCGGGCGGUUACGUGUACAAUGCGGCCGAGCCGGCGAACGGCGCGGUGCUCUACGAGCUGUGGGAGGAGGGGAAGGCGAAGGGAAGCACCACCGCCGUGGCGCGCUGGUACUGGGUGCCCUGCGCACCAGCCGACGCAGCCGUGCUGGCCCAGCCGCUGGGCCGUGCCAUCCUGGCCUGCUCGCCGGUGGGGCUGGAUGAGCUGGCGUUGGCCGUUGGUGCAAGGGGCCCACGCUGA